GCUGCGGAGCUUCCAGAGAAUGAAAACACACUCAAUUAUGCUGCGUAUGUGAUACUGUAUAGCUAACUAGCAAGUGACUUUACGUUCCCUCCUAUUCAUUAUUAAGGAGGGAUUUUAUUGAGGAGGGACACCGGAAAAGUUGCUAACAACGGUCGCAGCUUGUUAGCCAAACCGGAGACGGGAUGUAAAUCCAGACGGGACCAGCCGCAGGAGCCGGUAGCAGCAAGCAGUCACACCCUUGUCUGAGGACACUGGAGGAGCCCUGUCUGUCGAGCAAUAAGAAACUACCAUCCUUCAUAUGUUGACAUGUGUUGUAACCUUAUAGCUAUAGCCUCUGACGUCUGAAGUGGAUAUUAAGUGAACGAGGGAAACGUGGACAGGAUAUGACUGACUCAUCAUCAUGGCACGGACAGAGGAGAUAACCCUGACCAGUCUGUCUGCUGCAGAGCCAACCAGACAGCAACACAACUAGCAACAAAGUCCUUUUAUUAGCUGUUUUAUUGUUUGAUCCCCCCUAACCACUGUCUAUUGUGCCACAAUGAAUUCCCCUGUGUAUACCUUUGUCACCCGUGAUGAAAACAGCACUGUUUAUGCAGAAGUUUCCAAAAUCCUCCUCUCGACUGGACAGUGGAAGAGGCUGAAAAGAGACAAUCCCAGAUUCAACUUGAUGCUCGGUGAAAGGAACAGAUUACCCUUUGGACGUCUAGGUCAUGAACCAGGACUGGUGCAACUGGUGAAUUACUACAGAGGGGCAGACAAGCUGUGCAGGAAGGCAUCUUUGGUCAAGCUCAUAAAGACCAGCCCAGAGCUGUCCGACUCCUCUAACUGGUUCCCAGAAUCCUACAUUAUCUAUCCCACUAACCUCAACACUCCUGUGGCUCCAGCUACUAACGGCAUCAGCCAUCUGAAGAACAAUCCCAAGACUGAUGAGCGUGAAGUUUUCUUGGCCUCCUAUCACACUAAAAAAGAAAGUGGGGAGGGAACAGUGUGGAUAGCCAAGUCAUCUGCUGGAGCUAAAGGUGCUGGUAUUCUGAUAUCCCAUGAUGCUAAUCAGCUGCUGGAGUAUAUUGACAAUCAGGGACAGGUUCAUGUUAUUCAGAAGUAUUUAGAGAAACCUCUACUUCUGCAGCCAGGACAUCGGAAAUUUGACAUCAGGAGCUGGGUGCUUGUGGACCAUCAUUACAACAUCUAUUUAUACCGCGAGGGCGUGCUGCGGACUUCCUCCGAGCCCUACAACAGCUCCGACCUCCAGGACAUGACCAGCCACCUGACCAACCACUGCAUCCAGAAGGAGCACUCGCAGAACUACGGACGAUACGAGGAGGGGAAUGAGAUGUUCUUUGACGAGUUCAGGGUGUACAUGCUGAACACUCACAAUGUCACCCUGGAGACCACCAUAUUACCUCAGAUCAAGCAGAUCAUAAAGAGCUGUCUGUCAUGCAUUGAGCCGGCCAUCAGCACCAAGCACCUGUCCUACCAGAGCUUCCAGCUCUUUGGAUUUGAUUUCAUGGUCGACGAGAGCUUCAAAGUGUGGCUCAUUGAGAUCAAUGGAGCUCCAGCCUGUGCACAGAAACUAUACCCAGAGCUCUGUCAGGGCAUUGUGGACGUGGCUAUUUCCAGCACCUUCACCUUGAACAACGGUGGCGACUCUUCAUCAGCUUCCUCUUCUCCUUACUCCUCCUCUCCGUCCUCCACGUUCAUCACCAACUCCACCAACUGCUCCUCCCCCAAACUGAGAGGGCCCCUCCACGUGGGCCCUUUCACUCGGCUGUAAGCACACGCACUCGUCUCCUCCGCACUAGAAGCUUCUUCCAUGCUCUGUCCUCACUCCUAAAACCUCCACCUGAGAAGUAGCACAUGCCUUUAAUUGUACCUUGCCUGUCAUACCCGGAGGAAGUCUCUCUUUUUAUGGUAAUCACCGAUCCGCGGAAAACGAUCUCCGCUCUUCUGAUUAUGCAUAUUAUGAAUCUAGAGAUGGCGGCGAACUGAUAAACAAACUUUCUGGGAGGUCCAAACGAGGACAGAAGCCCUUCUGUCUCAGUUCCACCACCACCAGUUUCUCCCCAAACAGAACGAAGGUCUGAAGGAUGCAGAGACGCUCCAACUGAGACUGUAGUGCCUUACAUUUCCAACCAUGCUCCCUUAAAAAAGACUGCCAGUUAUAGCUUGCUCUAUUAGCGUGACUUGUACUUGUUCUAAAAAGCCUUUGCACUGUUGCUCAAUACAUCCAUAUGUCUGUUCGGUCAGGUCAGUCCAUAAGAAUCAACAUAAAAUAGACACGUUGAUAUUUGAGAGCUUAGUCAAUUUGUGGAGUUUUGAAUGCUAAUUUUCUCAUCAGACACUUUUUCUCUUAUUUUUUGAAUCUUUUUUUUUAUUACAGCUAGCAGUAAAGAGGCUGUGAUGGAUAUGAUUAAACAUCUAAAGACUAACACACUAACCCAAUGUGUCUGAUGAGAUAAACAUUCAAGAUGUUAAGAUCAACAUUGCUCUUCACUGGACGGUUGGGACGCUACAUAUUAUUAACAUGGGGGGGAAACGAGGGGGCAUUAGUGAGGAGGGUGAGGCCGUCCUUCAGCUGGGAAUCCCACGUUUAAUCCCGUCCCAACGAGCUCCGCCAAAGUGUCGCUGACCUUUUGACCUCUCAAUUGCAGUAAGGGAAAAUCUCACACCAAGUAUUAGCCUCUGUUCUCAGUUCUUCACAGCUGAAGACGUCUUUAGGUUUGUUUUUCAUUAGAAAGAGAGCAUGUUUUUAUGAAAGCAUGUAGACGUUUGCAUCCUCAUACCACAUCCAACACCGUUUUUUCUUUUCUUUUCCUGCUCCGUGAAGCUAGACUGUAAAUUGUUAAGUGUUGUCGACAUGUGUAUGGAUUUUUGAACUGUUUUUUGAAAUGCAAGUAGAGUAGAUUGUACAAAGUGUGUUACUACGGCCCCAUGAAAUGAAACUUCACGUCCAUAAACAACAUUUUUGCGUGAAAGGAAAACCUGAUAAUGACUAAACAUGCCCUAAUUUAUACUGUCAUUGUGUCAAAUUAUGUUUUAAACAAAGAGAAGUAAGCAGCAGCCCCAGAACAUCACUGAACCAGCCGAGAAGUCGUCCAUGAAAGGGCGAGCACGUUGAAGAAAAUUCUUGGCAGGUGAUUGGAUGAACCAUCUGUCUAUCACCGCCUUACCUUAAGAAGCAGCUGGGUUCUAACGGUAUCUCGUGAUGUUAUGAUCUUGUGAAUCCAGCUACCUUUCAAGGUGAGAAAGUCAUAGUAUACACAGAUCUUCAUCUCAUCACUGCCUCCUCUUCAGUUACUACUGGUGUUUAAUCAUGUCACCAGUUGGCUUAUUUUUUAAAAAGUAUUAUAAACAUUUCUCAUCAUGAAUGACUGAUUUUUUUAUUUUAUUUCAUGGGGUCGCUAAACUAUUUUACUUCUCCAUUUUUCUUUUGACUGUAGGCCUCUUUGUGAAUAGGUGAGACCUUGUAGAGCUGUAGCUGUCCUAGAUGACUCGUAUCCAAACUUAUUAUGUUACCGUGCGUUGAAAUAGGAAUGCAAACUUGUUCCUGUAGACAGGAAACUUUAAAUUAGCUUGUGACAGUAAGAUAGUUGAUUUCCUGCUCCCCAGUGGCGACUUUUCACGUUGAAAUUCAACCAUAGCGUUUCCAGCGGCUCAUUUAAGUUUAACUACACUCAUUUAACAUAAUAAGUCACUACAGGAGGUUUAAUAGGUAGGCGUGUCAUCAUGUCACUACCCCCCCCCCCCCCCCCCCCCCCCCCCCGCUGUUCCUCUCUUUUUAACCUAAUUUCAUAUGCGCCGAGGCUUCGCUUGUCAUGUCUUGAGUUUCAUAAGUUAAGGGACACCAUAAGAGCAUUUACUUAUGUUUUAAUCACUGUGUAUUUGUGUUUACAAGAUAACUCUGAAGAAUGAAGGAUGUUUAAGUGGCUGACGGUGAUAAGUUUGGGUGAUGUGCCGAAUGUCAGAAAGAUGGAAUAGUUACAGGGUAGGUUACGCCAACAUGAAUUCAUUAUUAUUCUAUGAAAAAAAAAUUAAUUAUUUAACUCGAUUUGAGAGAAAAUAUGAAUCCAUUUCUGCUACGCUCAGUAUUACACAACCCUGUUGUAGAUGAAAGGAAGGUUUGGAAAGAUAUAUUGAAGUAGAUAAAGUCAUGAUUGUGUUGACAGAUGGGAUGCAGGUAUGACUGUUGAUUUUUUUUUUGGAAAUAUCAAAAGCAAACUUUCAGUAUUUUUUUUUAAGUUGAAUUUGUAGGGAAAUGCUUUCCAUCAAAGGGAAGGGUGCCUUAGAGGGAAUUGCAUAUUGAUAAAAAAGAAGCAAUGGUCCUCCAGCAUUUAAAUGCACCUUCAUUUGUUUGUUUGUAUUGAAGUGAAUUUGCCUCAUUUUUAUUAUUCAACCUCUUUUUUAGAUACAAUGAUGUCGUUUCCUCUUAUUCAGAGUUUCUUUGCACAUGUGACUCAUUCUUUUUUAUUAUCAUGUUUCCUCUCAUGUGUUUCAUAUUCUAUACUAUUUUUUGAUGUUUCUUAGAUUUCCUCAUCUUUUACCAAAGAAAAAAAACAAUUCCUGCUGUAUUUUCACUGUCUAAUAAUGUUUUGUAGUUGCUGCAAUCUGGACAUUAUCGCAUCAAUUGGCCAACAUGAUCUUAAAAAGCAAGUGUCAUAUUCAGAGGGAUGUGUGUGUGUUGUGUUUUUGUUUAUAGGUGAUGUUUUAUUCCGAAUCUUGCAUGAGCAUUUGUCUUUAUCAGAAACAAUAUUACUAGAAUAAAAAAACAAAAACAUCAUAGAGCUUCUGUCAUGCAUACAUUUCUACUCUAAGCCGUCUACUUGAUUCACUUGAAACUGAUAUUCUCAUCAAAAUGGAAAACAAAAGUACUUUAUCCAAUAAUGUUGGACUGUUUCUUUAAUAUCCGUAUAUUUCUUCUGGCAACAAAGCAACACUGAACAAGAUGAGGGAAGCUUAGUUUAUCUGGACUGUGAGCUUGUGGAUGAUAAACUGAAAAAAACAUGUAAAGAUUGAUGUAAU